AUGCCUAUUCUUUACUAUCAGCCUUGCAUCGAGAUCGUCGGUAAGCUCGGCAUCGAUCAUCGGGCUGAUAUUAUGGAGAAGCAGCUCAAGGCUAAUAUUGAUGUCAGCUGUUGCCCUUUGCUAUUGCGCAUUGCCAAUGUUAGGGCUGGAAGGCUGAGGAGAAUCAAGGAAAGACUGAAAUACCUGCAGGAUGGAGUUAUAGACCCGUUCGGCAGCAAAGAAGUCCAACUAGGAGGCAUUCAAGGUCGAGAUCAAGGCCUCGGGAUGAAUCGGUUGUAUCGUCUAACGAUAGGAGUAGUAGAUACCGUAUGCAUGAGUGGCAUAAAAUGA